AAGGUACCGGCCCACCAUGGUCAACUGGAAAGAGCUGUCAAGUACCAGGCUGUACUAGUCUCGCUGCGGAUCACCAUGCGGGUUGCGUGUCAGAGACGGCGAGAUUCUACUGCUGGGGAGAUUCCACCGCGGGACCAUGAUUGCACAGCCAGUGCUGUAGUUGGUCUCCUCGUUCGUCAUUUGUACUGCCUCCGGGACACAUCGUUGUUUCUCUCCUUCCUCGUUCUAGCUGGCGGUGGCGGAUGUGGAAGAUUCUUGGGAACAUUUCUAGUACCUGUCGCCGCGCGACGCUGCCGGACCCACGCCGACUGCCAAGGAAACUGCACGGAGUACAUUGCUCGUCCAUCCACAGCGACGAUUACCGCAUCAUCAGAAGCCAGCACCGCAGAUCCGCCGGCUUCAACGACCGAGACUGCCACUACAAGUCCCAGUGCGGAGCACGCGGCGCCACGCAGGGGGUACUGCACCGCCGAGUUCGCAGGCUACGGGCAUUCCGGCUACUGCAUUUCCGAGUACGAGGACCGUGAGCAAGAAAUAUGUCACCCCCAAGCUGCCCACGUGCCGGAAGCGCACCUGCCCGCCGUCGAUUCCUGGCGCCGACCGGUUAUCCAAUGCGUUGGACGGGACAACAGCGCAAGAGACAAUAAAGCAACCGGGGGUACUUCUAUUAGUGCGACGGCAAUAGCCAAUUUAGUAGUUCCAGCAAGCACCUCCACGGGGGUCGUAAAUAGCGGGUCUACAUCAACUGCUGCCUCGCCGUCCGGCGCGUCCCUGGACCUCCUCCCGCAGCCCGUGCACUACCGGUCUGGAUUUUACACAUCUUUGUUCACAACCACCACACCACCGCCGUACAAUGCGUCCGCAUGGGCUGCGGCUACGCCCUACGGAAGCAAGCCCGAGACCACGAGCCCGCCGCAGAUGAUUUUCAAGCCCUUUGCGGAUCGCCCGAGACACGUUUUUUUGCACGAUACAGACAAGUGUGCGGACGAGGGGGAAGAUUGCUGCGCCUCGGAGGUGUGGGGCGAGCCGCAGAAGUGCGCGGACGGCUACAUCCCCAUCCCGAACAUGGAGGGCGUGUGCAGCAGCAAGAACGCCGAGGAGUGCAGCGCGCUGCACGGCGGCGUGGGGUGCUACGGCUGCUACCCCCCAGGACCAACAAGUAGCGAUGACUUUAAUGUAGUGGAUCAAGUUAUUAAUAUUAUUUCCGAACAGAGCUCGUGUUCAUACAGAGUUUUCUAGUCUCAGUUUUUGUUUUUUGCCUUUUUGUGCAUGUGCCGUGCUGGCUACUUAUGGUUUUUCUAGUGCAAGUGAGUGUUACACUUUCUGAUGGAUUUGAUCGGUUUGUCAGGUCACGACGGUUCGAAGUGCGCGAACACGGGCGGCGACUGUUGCGCGCACGAAAGCUGGAAUCUGUACCAAUCGUGUGAACCCGGCUACAUGAUUGUGAAGAUGCCGGAGAACGGGUUCUGCAUGAGUUCCUGGGACGAGUGCCAGUACAUCGAAAACGGGAUCGGUUGCUUCGGGUGCUACCCCGAAAGCUUGAAGUUGCUGCAGACCUACUUUUUGAGCGAUCACGACCCCGGCAUGUGCGACGAUCGUCACAACGACUGCUGCGCGUCCGAGACCUGGGGCGAGGAGCAGCGGUGCAAGAGUGGGUUUGUGGCCGUACCGAACCCGCCCGGACAAUGCACCACUGCGGCGGAGUUCUGCAAGCACUACCUCGACGGCAGCGGCUGCUUCGGGUGCUACGCGGAAGCAACGCUACCGCCCUGGUUCCUAGGCAGCCGGGACCCGGAGCCACGGAGGACUUUGCUGCGAGGUGGGGGUGAGGAGUUUCUUCGUGCGAAGGACCGCAGGUUUAUCUUCCGCACUGAGAGUGACAAAUUGUUGCGGACAACUAGGGCGACAACAACGGAUACUAGAUCAGUGACGAACUACCAACCGCCAGAAAGUGAACAACAGCGCUCCUUGACCACUGCGAAAGAGUCUUCCGGUGCACAGGUGCAAACGUUUUGUGCGAAGGACGAAAAUGAUUUUGGUGUGGCGAAAAUUCUGAAUUUUGCCGACGCAGGGUGCACACAACCGCUCUCCCCGGUUGCCACAGGUAACCACGUGAUUGGUGGCGGCAACCUAGUGCUCUCUGACGCGGGGAUGUGCAUCGAGUGGAAGGGCUCGGCGUCCUCCUACGGCUAUACCAGUCUCUGGCCGGAUGCGAAAAUCUACGCCAGAAUGCGUGCGUGUCGGGCGCUGGAGGUUCCGAGUUCUUCUUCGUCUGCAACGGAGCGGAGGGUCUUAACUAGUGGGAUGAAUGCCGGCGCAGCAGACGCUGCGACUCCAGUUGUAGAGAAUACCGAUGCAGGUGUGGUCACACCGCACACCUUCGGCCCUCCCCGUCUGGUCGCGGACCUGUACCGCCGGCCGGACUGCGUCGGCGCGCCUACUUUGGGUUCGCUGCCCCUGGGCGAGUGUUUCCAAGUGACCUCCAACGCCGUGGAUGAGCUCGGACGGAAGCAGGUGCUGAAGUAUUACCAAAUGGUCACCGAGUGCUACGCUGCAAACGGGGAGCAGGUGUUUCCGGGUUCUGGUCAAUGGAAGGGCAAUGGAAGUGGGGAAGACGAUGACGCCACGAAAAUCUUGACGAAAAAAAGUUUCGUGAUUGGCGUCGUUGUUAUUGGCUCGCUGCUCUUGGCGUUCGUGCUGCUGUUAGUCCGGAGCUUUUAUUGCGGGAAAGGUGUUAGAGGGGCUACAGGGAUAAAGAAAAGCAGCUCAAAAAGUGACCCGCUUGAUAGCGGUGGUUUCAACAACAAACCGGGCAGCGCGGCCACGACGGGAGUAAUGGGAGGUAGCGAUUUCUUCAGUUUAGAAAUUGACAGUCCGAGCAGCGAGUUUUUGACAGCAGCGCGGGGACACCAGCAACAGCAGCAGGGGGCGCGGUCGUUCAAGUUGUUUGACUCCGAAGGGGUAUCGCCGAUAGGUCCAGUCGUCACGCCGCAGAAGCCAUUCGUGAGCGCAACGAACUCAAGAAGAAAUAACUUCCAGUAUAAUUCGGGGAAGUGCAGCAGCUUGUCGGCGCCAUCUGACGUGCUGGUGGUGCAAGACGUGUGUAGUUGUAACACGACCUUUAGUCCAUCACCGCAGUUGGAAGAAGAUGCGAGCAGGCAGCAACGGACGAUGAAGCCGUUGCAGCGACCGAGGAACAUGAGCUACGAAGGCUACCAGAAAUGGAGGAAGGCGCAAAAGGAGCAGGCGAAGAAAAGUUCGGAGUUGGACGGUGAUGACAAAAGUUGUAGAACAGCAGGCCGGCGAGGACCUCCAGGCGCUAAUGCCACAACAGCUUCAAGGAAGAUGGAUUUUAGAACAGAGGAGCAGGAAACGAAGAGAUUUUCCGUCGCAACAAGGACACUUGAAAUAAACCAGUCUGAAAAUAACCAUCUCCGAAAGGUACCGACACCUUGUCGCACUACAGGGGAAAAAACAAGAACCCUGCCCAUGGGACGAGCUCCGCCGGCGGGGCGAGCACAGCAGUUUUCUUCCACAGUCGACCACGGUUUUUCUCCAAGAGACCACGGCCAGAGUUUCGACCGUCAACCCUCCAUGCAAAUCGCUGAGUCUUCGUCUCCGCUUUGUUCCAGCAACAGUCUAGUGAAAUCACGACAGCCUUUUUCGCCGCUGCAAAUUCGCUAUGGAAAAACUCUCGGAACAACUGCAACAUCUCCCGGGGAGGGCGACAGUCACAAGAAAAGCGUGGUCCUGUGUCGCGGCCACGCUCCAGAAGAAGAAUUUCAAUUACCUGUUUUGCCGCAUACACCGACACUGUUGCAGCACUCGGACCCCAUUUUGAAGCACGAGCCGCCGGUAAUGUGGGUGAGUCCGAGGAGACGAGCAGGGUACGCAGUGGCAGUCAGUCCAACCGCAUGGGAUGAGAAGUUCAAGUAUUAGAUAGAUGAAGAUGUUGGAACAAGUCUCGGCUUUAAAUGAAAAAUAAAAAUGCUUCUUUUUUGAAGAGAGACCACAUGAGCAACGUUUUGGAGCAUGCAUGAUGUAAGAUGUUUUUCUUCCCAGCGAAGCGUAUGGUCACAUUAUUCGUAAAAGUCUCAUGUUUUCGAUGUAUGAUAACCAAGUUCGGAGCCGCAAAGCUCAUUGCUUCCACAGCAAAGCAAAGCAAAUGCAACAGAUUAGGUUUCUAGACGCAAUGGCAUCAAUGGCGUACU